AUGAGCGACGACGAGGACAUCCAAAUCGAAGGGCCAACCAUAGCCGACGAUGAUCCCAUGCGCGCAUUCUUGCCCACUUCAUUUGGGAAAAAACAUCGGGAGGCUGACAUUGCCGCGCAAAUCGACCGAAGCAGGAGAACCGCCGAUGAACCAACAGUACAAAAAGCUAAGCCUCAGGAAUCGGACUCCAACAACACAAGCGACAGCGAGAACGACUCAGAUGAUGAUUCAGAUGAUGAGGACGAGUAUCCGACUUCUCACGAGAUGGUCAUUAAGACCCAUGAUCGUGCUGUUACCUCGCUUUCGCUAGAUCCGGCAGGCGGCCGGCUAAUAUCAGGAUCUAUCGAUUGCACUGUCAAGCUCCACGAUCUUUCCUCCUUAACCCCGACCACGAUUCGUGCUUUCAGGAGCGUCGAUCCUUACGAAACUAAACCAUCGUCUGCAAGCACGGAGUCACACCCGAUACAUCAUGUCGAGUUUAACCCUCUCGCUGGAAGUCUCUUCCUCUGCAUAUCAGCACACCCCCAAGCCAAAAUCCUGUCUCGAGAUGGAGACAUUGUCACCGAGUUUGUCAAAGGCGAUAUGUAUCUUCGAGAUAUGAACAAUACCAAGGGUCACGUUUCCGAGGUCACAACAGGUACGUGGCAUCCUACAGACAAAAAUCUAUGUGUCACGGCUGGGACGGAUAGCACGUUGCGUAUAUGGGAUAUCAACAAUAAGCGCAGCCAAAAGGAGGUAAUAGUGUUCAAGUCAAAAGCUGCAGGUGCUGCAGGUAGGACACGAAUGACUGCCGUCGCUUGGGGUAGUCCAGCCCAGGGAGGCAAUAACGUCCUUAUAUCUACAGCUCUAGAUGGUACACUUGUGAUGUGGAGUGGAAACGGCCCGUUCACCCGACCCGCUGGUGAGAUCAGAGAAGCUCAUAAACCGAAUACCUGGACCGGAGGGAUAGAUAUCAGUUCUGACGGGCGAAUGGUAGUCACAAGGGGCGGCGACAACCUGAUCAAAUUAUGGGAUACGCGGAAGUUCAAAGAGCCCCUUGUCACGGUUGAGCAUCCAUCUACGUCGGAUCACUACCCGACUACCAAUAUUAAAUAUGCGCCAAACUCUACUAGUAUCAUCACUGGAUCGGCAACGGGCCAUCUUCACAUACUGAACCCGGGGAAUCUGCGCCCCGAAUAUACUACACUUGUCACGCCCGGGUCGCCUGUGAUCACUGUAGACUGGCACCCAAAAAUUAAUCAAAUCGUCACUGGCUCUGCAAAUGCAGAAACGCAUAUCUUAUACAAUCCUACGAUGUCAACACGAGGUGCAGUAGACGUCAUGUCACGCGCGCCGAAGAGACGGCAUAUAGAUGACAAUCCAGAGUUUACUACCGACCAAUCCCUUGGACUCUCCGGGGAUGCAAUCAUUACCCCUGGUACUCUGCCAGGCACUAAGAAAACGGGUAUUACGGCAUCUGGAAAGUCGAAGGAUCCCAGGAGACCACACGUCCCUCAGCAGACACCAUUUAUGCGGAGUCAACCUGACGAAAAGCAUAUUUCUGAGAAUAUUCCAUUAAGUCGCAUGUUGCACGAGGAUCCCAGAGAAGCGCUUCUGAAAUACGCAGACCUAGCAAAAAAAGAUCCCGUAUUUACGAAGGCCUGGAAGAGCACACAGCCAGUGACACAAUACGCCGACGUGAGCGACGAAGAAGAAGAUGGCCCAGAAAAGAAGAAGGUCAAGAGAUGA